GGUCUAUGGGGUCUUUAGGGAUAUACUUCUGGGGUACAGAGCUUAAAUCAUGACCAACUCCUGAUUGGUCGGCCCCGGAAUCCUAUUCGAAGGGUUAUGGCUAAAUGCCUAAACGGCUAAACGGCUUGGACGGUCAAGCCAAGGGAACAAUACGGGGAGAAGGGAGGCUAAACUGCUGAAAGGCUUCGGACCUGCGGCUCGGGGCAGAUUUACGGCAGCAUCGGCCCAGCUUUCCCCGUGAGUGAAUGGGUCGGGAGUCUGGGGUCUGGGGUCUAGAGCCGAUAGGGUGGCGUGUGCUCCUUGUCGUCAGAAUGACCAUCCAUAUAAACAUCCAAAUGCCCUGCGAUGUGAUUUCACCUGAGCACUCUAUCAUCCCUGGUCUGCCUUCGCUCCCAUCGACCUCAUUCAGUUUCACAGAUCGCAGAGGCAGUCCGACAUACGUGCCCUCAUCAUGGCCGUCCAACUCUGGAAACAUUUGCCCGGAAAGGCACUUAUGUUUCUCCUCAACCUCUUCACCGCUAUUGCGCUCAUCUUCGAAGGCUACAACCAAGGAGUUCUGGGCACCGUCAGUACGACGCCAGGCUUCAUAGACAUGGCUGGCAUCGGGUCCAAUGGUGUCGUGACCGACAGCACCAAGCAGGGUGGUCUGCUCGCAGCGUACUAUUUUGGUGCCAUGUGGGCAUGUUUCGUUGGAGGGUGGGUAGGAGACAAGCUCGGCCGGAAAAAGGGCGUCUGGAUCGGCUCACUCUUCUGCUUGCUCGGCGCGGCGCUCAUGGCCGGCAGUGUAAACAGUAACAUGUUCAUCUGCGCGCGUAUCAUCGCAGGGAUCGGUAUCGGGUUCAUCAACGCUAUCGUUCCGCCGUGGGUGAGCGAGCUCUCUGAAGCACACGACCGCGGCUCCAACUUCUCGCUCGUCUUCGUUGCGAACUAUGCUGGCAUUGUGAUUGCAUACUGGCUCAAUUUCGGUAUCAGGUCGUCCAACCCGGAAUUCCAAUGGCGUUUCCCCCUGGCAUUCAUGGCAGUCCCUGUCUUGAUUGUUAUUCUUACUGUCUUCUUUCUGCCCGAGUCGCCGAGAUGGCUGAUGUCCAACAAUCGCCCCGACGAAGCUAUCGAAAUCCUGCGCAAGAUCCGUGGCGACUUGGAUCCCCGUGACCCUAAGCUUCUUGCCGAAGUUGAGCAGCUCGAAGCAAUUGUCGAAGCAUCGCACCACAAACGAAACAAUUUUCUCAAUCUCGCCCUCGGCGGGCGCUUCUCGGGGAAACUGCAUCUGGGUCGACGCGUUGUCAUGGGUCUGGCCCUCCAGCAGAUCCAGCAAUGGACCGGUAUCCUCGCUAUUGCCACCUGGGCUGGCACGCUGUUCAGCCUUGCUGGGUUCGAUGCCAACAAGUCAGCCUGGCUGGCCGGUCUGGUCAACACCUUUGGUAUCCUGGGCACCGCCGCCGCAUCACUAGUGAUCGACCGCAUGGGCCGGAUUAAAUCCCUCAUGGUGUCUUUCGUCACGCAGGGUAUCGCCUUAUUCCUUGUCGCCGGGCUGAUCAAGGCGAGUGAGAAUCACCAAGCCACCGAUCCCGCCAUGGCAUCCAGCCUUGGUACCGCCGCAGCCGCGUUCGUUUUCGUCUUCCUCUGGUUCUUCACCAUGUUCAACAUCGUCCCAUGCUGGAUUUAUGGCACGGAAAUUUGGCCACAAGAAGUGCGCGCGAAAGGUUACUCCUUCACUAUCCUCGGCUGGGCGAUCGGGUGCGGAAUGAACACUUUCGUGAUCCCCAUCAUGCUAGACCACUUGGGAUGGGCCACCUUCAUCUUCUUUGGCUGUAUGAACAUCGUCGCCAUGCCCCUCGUUUGGUUCUUCUAUCCCGAGGUUGCCGGCAAAUCACUCGAAGAGAUCAACCUGCUGUUCACGAGCGAGAGUCUGCUUGUGAGCAAGAACAUGGCAGAGUAUCACCGACGCGUUAAUGAGGCCGGUGGUAAUAUUGCCGUAGCCUCGCGCAGGCUUUUGGACGAGGUUGAUGGCACUACGGAUCUCGAUCCAAGAAGGGUGCUUGCGGCGGAGGGACUUGUGGCGGAGAGCGAGAAGAACGGAUUCAAUCAUGUAGAAGCGUCACCAAACAAAGUCUAAUGAAGAUGCUCUGGCGCAUUGGGGAUCAAUCGACCGAAAUGAGAAGAGUGCUGUUUGUUGGGCAUUCCAGAACUGGUUCGGUUCAAGUCGUGCUUGUAUGCUAUGUUAUAUACGAAACUGAUAUUUCGUUUUGACAUUUCUUACCCUAUAUAAUACGUAUGUGAGAG